CUGCUGCUGGUCUUCUCGAUAGCCUAGCAUUACCUCAGCUCGCUACUAGCGGUGGAGACUCGCUGUUGGCGCAGGAUGAACCGAAUCUGGACGCAGCGGACGAGUUUUAUGUGCUAAAAUCGAUUAAAAUCAUAUCGAUUAACUUUAUUUAACUGUAGUUAAUUCGAUUAAAUCUUAAUCGAGGUGAAUAUCGUCGAGUUUCUGGUCUGUUAGCUGCGAAAGGCAGUGGUUUGCUAUCGCUAGCUGGUCAGCUUCAGGCUAGCGGCAGUUUCCAAGAUUAAUUUGGGUGGUUAACUGACCCAAACAUGGUGAGACCUCGCUCAGGUUCUCCACGGUCUAAACCAAGACCCUAUUCUGACAGCUACCACAGCGAGCACCAUGGUGAGCGAUUUGGCCCCUCUUCCAGGAGUCCGAGGGGAUUCCGAGGCCCCUCAGGUAAGGCACCGCCGAGCUGGCAAGAGAACAACAGUGGAGGACCACAUCCAUACAACAAGAGACCACCUUUAAUGGGAGAACCCAGGGAGAGGCACUGGAUGUCACACAACCAGGAUAACUUCAGGCCAUAUGCUGGCUCACAGGAUUCUCAACGUGGCCGAAGAAGGCCUUCCCCACCACGUUCAAACCGCCCCCCACCCCUUCAACACAGGAUGUCACCUCACAGUCCCUCGCAUGGACCCCCAGGCCAACACAGGCCUUCAUUCCGUGGGAACCACGUUUCUUCUUCACCCCGUCACUUUCAUGGCCCUCCGUCAGACCGGAGGGGUCCUUCUCCUAACAGUAACUUCAGACCCCCUCAGCGACACCGAAGUCCUGCCCAGGAGCAGGAGAGGAGCUGGGGCCCCGAGAGGUCCUUCAACCGACCGGUUCGUGGAGGGCACCGUUGGAACGGCCCAGGGGGCUACAAUCACCCCAAUGGGCAAGCUAGGUUCUCUGGCUCGCCCCAGAGGAAGCCCAGGGAGUUUCACGAGAGGAGCUCAUACCCAGAGAGGUGGUCUGCUGAGAGAGAUCCACGGAAGCAGCAUGGAGAAUUAGGAAGACCACGAGGCAGGGAAAGGCCUGGGCACCAUUCCCCAGAUUGGGCACACCGGGAAGGGUGUAACCCCCACCACAACCGCCCCCCUUUCAGAUCGCCUUCAUGGAAAGCAGGACCACCGCCCUCUUCGUCUGGUUCGUCUUCCAGAUUCCACCCACCACCGCCACUACGUCCACAGGACAGGCCCCCCAUGCGUCCGCUGAAGAGGCUUGGACAUCCUCCAUUGUCCGCAGACGUGGAGCAUGGACCGCCCAAGCGCUUCCGCAGGGAGUUGUCUAUUCGCCCUCUACCCCCCAGGGGUUUUGGAGGUCGUGGCCUGUCCCUCAAGGACAAAUCUCGGCUCUUGAAAGGGCGAAAGUUUAGAGAAGAAUCUGUGGCACGCUUCAAAAUGCCGCCACCAAGGCCAAGACCUUCAGACAAGGUACAGAAGGCUAAAGAACCGAAGACUCAAAGAGAAUCAAAAGAAGAGGAGGAGGAGGAGGAUGCUGAUGAGGUUGAGGAGUCGUCAUCCACAGGAGCUUCAAGCCGCUCCAAGGUCCCAUUGAAGAAAAGUGUCAAGAGACCUGGGCCAAGAAAGCUGCAGCCCUCUGAAAUGGAUUCCAAGUCGGCCGAUCCUGAAAGGAACGCCGAGACACAGGUGGAAUCCCGCCGCUCUGUAAGAGCACACAGCUCUUCACCCAUAGAGAGACAGCUGACUCGUGACCUAGUCGUGGUUUCCCAUUGGGAGGCUGGAGCUAGACCAAGUUCUAGCCCUAAAGAUGGCUCUCACUGGAGGAACAAGCCAACCAAGAGUAAGAUUGAUAAUUCGAGCUCUCGAGACUCGAGCUUAACUCUGAGUGAGCGUUUCGGCAAACUGCAUAACCUUGGAUCUUCUCCACAUGCCCAGGAGGUAGAACGACGGCUGUCUGAUGGCCCUGAAAAAACCUUCAGGAAACCAGUUCCUUUUCAGAAGCCUGGAUUACGUCCUAGUCUGGGGUUUAAGAAAGGUCCGUGUCCUGAUGGAGUGUUCAGAAGACCUUUAAUGGCCACCAUCAUUCCUCGUCCACCCCUCCAUCAGAAACCUGUAUUCAGGAAAAGCCAGAGCAUCAUGUCCAAAUACAGAAACCUGCAGACGCUCCGCCACAAAGCUCCGCCCCACCCACGCCAAGCUACCAGCUACCGCCGCUGGUGAAGCUCCUGCAGAUGACUGUUUAUUGUAUGUGAAGGUUCUUGAGUCACUGUGGAUAAAGAACCUGCGACCACCUCCACCUCACCUCCACCUGCGUCUGACCUGGCUUCAUGCUUCCGCCGCCUAAUGAUUGGCCUCUUCUCUGGGUUAAUAAGCCCCGCCCCCUCCCUCCUUUAUCUGUUCUGAAAACUUCAGACUCUUCUAAAGGGUUUCUGAUCUCACUGUAUCUGUAUUUAUGGAUCUCGAUUGCCAAAGUUUAGGUUAAUCUUCACCGUGUUCUCCUUCGGUUCUGCUUCCUGGUGUUCUGGUUCAUGGACUCGUCAGCAGGACUUUCACUGGCUGCAGCGUGUCGGCGAGACGGUUGUGUGGAGUUUCUGCUUUUUCUUUUCUUUAAUCUCCACUUCAGCUUGUGUGAUGAUGAACAUAUCAGCCCUGAUGAAUCUGAGAGAUAAACAGCAGCUUCAUCAGGAGGAGAUCUGCUGCAGAUCUGCUGCAGGUAUAAAUAUAUAAAUGUAUAAAGUUCUGCUGCACUGAGUGACGGCCUCCUUCUGUUCUACUGCAGUUAUCGGUGUUUGAUCUGCAGAUUAAAGUCGGGUUUUCACAGAUCUGAGUGAUGCAUUAUAAUUAUAUUCCUCUUUAAAGCUCUUUGUACAGUCCUUCAGAUAAUUAUGUACAUUGUUUAUAGAGAUUUCAAUAAAAAAAACUGGAACUUUUUGUG